AAAUGUUAGAAAGUAUAUAUUUCCGAAUAAAUACCAAGAUUUGUUUGUAACUCGGGAUUUUGAAGUGUCAUAAAUAGAGUUUGUGAUUAAGUCGUGUAUAGAUCUCACGUCGUACAGAAAAGGAAGAAGAAACCGAAAGACGGAAGCCACAAGAGGACGUGAACGCAGCACAACUAGCAGCUAAUAAAUAAAAUCUGUCUGCAACAAUGACAGGAAAACUCUGUUUUUUUAACCGUGGCCGUGAUUAUGUGAAAUUAUUAUAUUUCUGCUGUUGUUAGUAUGACGAAUAAAACAAAGCCAAAGUUUUGGAAAAUACUCAAAUCCCACCCCACGUCAACUUACCUGUCGUGGCACCCACAGGAGUCUCAGACUGGGCACAAAGAAACCCAGAAAGACCUAAAAUAGCAGGCUUUCUUUCAAAAUGGACUCAGACGUCUGCCCCGCUGAUCAGUCAGCGUCUGCGCCCUCGGACUCCUUGUGUUCUGCCACUGUCCCAGCUGAUGGAGCCUGUGGGUUUGAGGUAAGCAGACAGACUGUGGCAGCUCCGCCAGGUGCAGAGGUGGAGGAUCUGGACUCCUACGACCUGAUCGAGCCUCCUCCAUUAGACUGGAGGUCUGACUCCUCCAGUGAGGCAGGCUCAGCAGAUGACCUGGAUGACCCCAGCUUCCUUCCCUCUGACAUUCUGGACAAGGCCAGUCCGGUUGAGCCAGUAUUACUUCCUUUGAACAUGAGCGCCACUGUGGCGGCACUCGACGUGAACCCGCAGGAGCUUGUGGGAAAUACUGCAGAGCCAGUCCAGAAUAUUGAGGUGGCACUGGCUGAAGAGGAUGAAGCGGUUGAGGAAGAGGAAGGGGUGAGGCUUGAGGACUUGGAGGGUGUUGGGGCAUACCAGGAGGAGGUGACCUUAAGUGAUGUGGAGAAUAGGGUCGGUGAAGAGGAGGCUGAGGUUACUAACAGGAGAUCAGGUGAUGAAGACCACAGCCGCAUCCAUACCCUGCUCAGCCAGCUCCAGAUGAUGGGGGAAGAGCCUCAUCCCAGAUGCCGGACACCGCCUCACCUUGCUCAGCAUCCGUACUCCAGCCUGUCUGAGCUGGAAGCGUGUGCUCCCUCCCACAUAACAGACGACAGCACUGAAACCACAGGGCUGCUGUUCUCUGAAAGCCACCAGAGAGACCUGCUGGGGCUGCUGCAGUUCACAGAGAUCGGCGCUGCACCCCAUCCCACCUGUCUGCCCCACAGAGGAGAGGUGGACGCUGUAGUGUCAGUUUCCUACAGCCAGGAGGACGCUCAAAAGUUCUGGGGGCAUUAUGGGAAUGGUCAACAGCGGCGGCACAGGGACGACUCCCUCGCCUCCCUGCCCGAUGAUGAGUAUCCUGAGCCAGUGUGGAUGAAGAUGGGCGAGGAGCCUCCGGAGGAAGAAGAGGCUGCUGCAGAGAGCGAGCAGAGUGCUGAUCAUCCUUCAUAUAAAGACGUGCCUGGUCCGUGUGACCCUGAAGACCUGUUAGAUGGGGUGGUAUUUGGUGCCAAGUACCUGGGCUCCACUCAGAUCAAAUCAGAGAAGAACCCGUCUACAAACGCCCGUAUGACCCAGGCUCAGGAGGCUGUGGACCGCAUUAAGGCUCCGGAGGGAGAGUCCCAGCCAAUGACAGAGGUGGAUCUGUUCAUCUCCACCCAGCGAAUCAAAGUGCUCAGUGCGGACACACAGGAAGCCAUGAUGGAUCACGCUCUGCAGAUGAUCUCUUACAUUGCCGACAUUGGUGACAUUGUGGUCCUGAUGGCACGAAGGAAACGUAAAGGGCAGGAUGGUGACCCAGCCUCUAACUCUUCCUCCGGGCCUCAGAAGAAGUGCUUAAUGAUCUGCCACGUCUUCUCCUCUGAAGAUGCUCAGAUUAUAGCCCAGGCUAUCGGUCAGGCGUUUGGAGUCGCCUACCAGCAGUUUCUUCAGGCCAACGGCAUCAAGGCCAGCGAUCUGAGGCCUGGCGAGUACAGUGACUACUUGGAAAGUCAGGAGCUCUACAACGGAGACCUGGCCCACUUCUCUGACUCUCAAAACCUCCGCGAAGUAGUCAUCACCAAGGCUCCUGGAGAGAUCUUGGGUCUGGCGGUGGUGGAGUCAGGCUGGGGCUCCAUCCUGCCCACAGUGGUGGUGACCAACCUCCUUCACGGAGGUCCUGCUGAGCGCUGCGGCGAGCUCAGCAUCGGUGACCGCAUCAUGUCAGUCAACAGCACCAGCCUGGUGGGUCUGCCCAUCACCACCUGCCAGAACAUCAUCCGGGACUUAAAAAGCCAAAAGUAUGUGAAGCUCAGCAUCGUCCACUGCCCGCCGGUCACCAUGGCGAUUAUCAGGAGGCCAGAUCCCAAGUUUCAACUGGGCUUCAGUGUGGAGGACGGCAUUAUCUGCAGUCUGAUGCGAGGCGGUAUAGCGGAGAGAGGAGGCAUCCGUGUUGGGCACCGCAUCAUUGAAAUCAAUGGGCAGAGCGUCGUCGCCACACCGCACGACAAGAUCAUCCAGAUCCUGACCAAUGCUGUCGGAGAGAUUCACUUGAAGACCAUGCCAGCCUCAACAUAUCGACUCUUAACAGGACAAGAGCAGCCGGUGUUUCUUUGAGCGCUUCCUGCUGCAUCAAGGACAAAAAUACUGUACAGUGUUUAAGCCACAUGAACUUUUGCCAAACUCAGAAAAUAUUAUGCAGUUGAUCAUACAACAUAUCACAAGCUGUUGUCACGCCACUGAAUACAACAAACUAGUCUAUCUAUAUAUUUUUAAGAUGUACAAGAAGUACAUUGGAAUAUUAUGAAAGCAUAUUUUAAAGUGACAGGGAUAGAUGGUAGCUCUCCAUUUAUAUUUAUCUGAUAUUUAACAUUGCAGGAAGUAGCUGAGAUGCAAUAAUUCGUGAACAGAAUAUUUUUGACUUCACUAACUUUUACAUGGUGGUGAAUGGUGUUGAGUAUACUGUACUCAAGAGUUUUGGGUCUUCCAGCCUGGUGUGUUUCCAGUGUGCCUGAACUGAACGUGCUUAUUGAAUCAGGACAGAGUCUCUGUAUUUCAUUGUGCUGCAUUUCCAGACCCUCACGUACACAUGCAUAUCAACAAGUGUCUGCCACAUGCUUCAGAGAAGGCUAUUUAGUCAUUCAUACAGUGCUUCCCUGACUGUGCCUGACAGGAAGCAGAUAUCAUGCACAAUUAUAGGUAACUGCCUUAUUUGAUAGAGAGUUGUGUAUAUUUUAAAGAAUUUGCUGUUUUGGGUGUUCAUUAAAAUGAUCUGUAAGAUA